GCCCAUUGUGCGCUGUGGAGGAAGCGCCGGUGGCUCAAUAUUGCGCUCAAUGAGUGGGCUGGCUUUGUUCGUAUACAAACGCUGCACAACUUCGUCUCGCCAUCAACACGCCCCUUUUGUCGCCCAAACGAUGCUCAGCUUUAAUACGGCGAGGGCUCCUCCCUGGCCUUCAGCGUUAUGGCUGCAACGCUAUCCGCUGGCGUCUUCAUUGCCGCUAUCCUUGUCUUGUUACCCUCGCCAUCGCAUUGGCGGGCACGCAAUGUUGCUACGCUCGCUCUCAUUGCAUGGCUCUUCGUGGUCGACCUCAUCUACGGCGUGAACACCAUUGUAUGGGCUGGUAACGUCGAGGUCCGCAUUGUCGUCUGGUGCGACAUCACUACCAAAAUUAUUAUAGGGGCCUCCUCCGCGCUGCCGGCGGCGGCGAUGUGCAUUUGCAAGCAUCUGCACCUGGUCGCGUCAGGGCGAACGGUACGCUUGACGCACGAGGAUAGACGGCGGAGGAUGUGGUUUGAGCUCGCGAUGUGCUUCGAGGUUCCUAUGGUGCUUAUGGCCCUGCACUACAUCGUCCAGGGCCAUCGGUUUGACAUCAUCGAAGACAUCGGCUGCCAGCCGGCUACCUACUACUCUAUACCAGCCGUCUUUAUCGUCUGGUUCCCACCUCUUCUCUUCGCCACCUUCACAUUUAUUUAUGCAGGUCUGGCACUCCACCACUUCUUCAGGCAACGCGCAAGCUUCGCGACGCAUCUCCAAAGCUGCGACUCCGCCCUGACCACGAGCCGCUACCUCCGGCUCAUCGCGAUAUCCAUCACCGAGAUGGUAUGGGGCACGUCGCUCACCGCGUUCGCGAUGUACGACAACAUCUCGCCCGGGCUCUUCCCCUACGUCAGCUGGGCCUACGUCCACGCCGGCUUCUCGCGCAUCGGCCAGUACGCCCUCGUCGAGUUCACCCCGGGCGCGCUGCAGCACAUCUUCCUCCUCUUCUGGGCGAUCCCCGCGUCGUCCUUCGUGUUCUUCGUGUUCUUCGGCUUCGGCGAGGAGGCGACCAAGGACUACCGCAGCGCGCUCGCCUGGUUCGCGCGCAGGGUCCUCAGGAUCCCCGCGAAGCCCGACAAAUGGCAUCCAGCAUGCCGGCGGCCCUCCCCGGGCACCGCCACGCUCUCCGCUUACUCCAGCCCCUCCACGGAGUUCAGCGACGACAAGGCCUUCCCCGCAUACACCCCGCGCGACACGGUCAUCGACAUCGGGAGAUACACGCCGCUCUUCCCGGACACCCCGCGCACCCCGGCCCCGCCGUCCCCCGCGAAGAUGGAGGCGGGCACGUACCACGCGCGCCGCACCUCCGAGGCUAUGCUCAGCGACGCGGACCUCGACCUCGACGAGCUCCUCGCGCGCUGCCCGUCCAUCUCCACAGGCGUGCCCUCGCCGAACUCGCCUGUGGAGUUUGGGCACCGCGUCGAGGGCGGAGCCCCCGGGCCGGUGGCCGUGCCGUCGCCUGCGUAUCGCCGCUCGUGCAGCCCGCCUGCGUCCCGCCGCUCCGCCGCGCGGUCGUGGACGGCGAGCGUGUACUCGCAGGUGACGAACGUUUCUGAACAUGGCCAUGGCGCCGUGUAG